AAUAAACUUUGUACCGUUAAGAUAGGGUAUGGAACGAUAUCUCUCUCAUAGAUACGUAAAUACAUUUAAAUGAGACAUGUGCUGAAGUAAAAGAUAUUUUUUAAUUAUGAAUCAUUUUUAUUUCUUCUGAAUGGAAAAUAUUAAUACGCGAAUGGACAGUUAGUGAUUUAAUCGUGAUAAAUUCAAAAAAAAAUUUUCAUCAGUCAAUGGAAUAGUUCGUUUAAUGCAGUUCUAACCUUUGUAUGUGUUAUAAUCUGGGGUUUGCUUUGAUGUAUCUAGAAAUAUGGACGACGAAGAAUAUCUUCAACCUGUUUUAACUUCCCAAGAAGAAGACAACUUUCAAAAGUUAAACACCAUUCCUAUUGUGUCAAUACCACUUCUUUAUGGGGUAGCCUUAGAAAUAAUUGGUAUUAUUUUCAUAUCAUUAUGGCCAGAAGAAGAAAACAAAUGCGACACUUAUUUCAUAUAUUUGUAUCUUCAUUGUUUCUACUGGCUGACAGUUAUGGUGGCAGAUUAUAUUGUAAAAGCUAGACAUCAUACUUUAAGAAUUAUGGGAUAUCUUGAUUUUUAUCAAUCAACUUAUCAACAUAUAAGAACACCCCUUUUUAUAACGUCUCUAUGGAACACAUGUUAUUUGCUGUUGGCUGUAGUUUUGCAUCAUACGCAUAAAGUAAAUUACGAAGAAUAUUGCAGGGCAUCCGAAUGGUUGACACCUAUUAAUUAUAUUAUGCUCUUAUCUACUUUCGAGCUUAUGAUAAUCGUUCCAGUUUAUGUGAAUUAUAUUAAAAGAGUUAUGAGAUUUAAUAGGUUACGCCCUUUACCUGAUGUUAAAAGAGAGGAAUGGUUGUCGUCUUUCACCCAAGAUUCUUAUGCGAGCAGUGGUGAAAUUGGAUAUCAUCAUAGAGGUUCGAAUUUAGAAGAGUUACUUGAAAAACAAGCUGACUUGAUAAGAUAUUUACGAGAUCAUAAUGUUAAAUUGAGUCAUAGAAUAAUGAUAUUAGCAUCUCGCCAAAGAACACGAGAAACUUAAAUGAUUGAUAAUUGAUAUUAAAAUAAAAAUCAAAAUAAUUUAAUUAAACAUUUAUGAAAUAGCUUGUAACUAUUUAAAUUUAAACGCACAUACUCAUUUACAAUGUGAAUAUUGAAAAUAAUUGAUAUUAAUAUAUAUUUUUGCUUUUUUUUUAUUCAUCUGCGUUUAGUUAGAUUUAAAAAAAAUAAUUAAAAUCUUGCUUUUAUUCUUUGCAUUACUAUCUUGCAAAGGUUUUAUUGACCCUUGUACUAUAAUAAUAUGUGAGAUUUAUGAUAUGCUUCAUAGUCUAAAUAUAAAAAACACGGGUUCUACUCGUAACGAAUCUUAUAGGCCAAAUAUAAGGAGCAUGAAAUAUAACAUCAAUAGUAGCAGAUAACUCCACGCAUUAAAUCAUAGUGCAAGGUGUUAAUGAUAUGUUUAAUGUAUACCUACAUAUAUAUGCUCAUCAGUAGCAAGAUUUUAUACAGAUACAUCUAGAAUUAUUAAAUAAUAUGUUUAUUAUGUUUUCUAAUUUAACUAUUAUCAUUCUCCUAAUUUUAUUAGGAGAGAUUCUUGCUUAAAUUAUUAGUGCAUUCAUUAACAAACUUUUAAGAAUAUAUAUAUUGAUAUAUGAGCUGACCUUAAGUAACAUGGAAGAUUAAAAUGAUUUUUUAUAUAUUAUGCUACUUAAGGAAAUUAGAAAGUUAAGAAUGUUAUUAAUUUUUUUUUUAAUGUUUUGCGUGAAUUUAU